AUGCAGAAUGGGUUGCAAAGCUUGCGGCCGGCUGCGCGUCUGCUAGCAAGCACGUCGAGACACGGCCAAUGGGAGGCUCGCCGCCAUGCGAGUUUGGGAAGCCCUAUCAACUGGCUGAGAGAGCGACUUGGUCCUAAUUUGCGGAAGAAGGAGACCCAGCAGGAAGUUGAGGCGGCUAAGCAACAGGCAUCUGAGGAGGGGAAACGCAGUCUGUUCGAGACGGCCGGGAAGACGACUCAACGCGCAGAGAAAGCUGCGCGGGCAGAACAGGCUGCGAAAGGUGUUGUCCACAAAUACUCGACGGCAAACUUCAAGAUCUCGCACCGAAAGUUGAACAUGCUGGGCCGACAAAUCUCGGGCAAGCCCAUUGAUUAUGCUAUCCUGCAAAUGCAGUUCAGCGAAAAGCGCGCGAGCACUCGUAUACGAAGUAUGCUGGCAACGGCCAAGGAGCACGCCGUGCGGUACAAGGCUCUCGAAGAGUCUAAGCUCGUCGUAGCGGAAGCCUGGGUGACCAAAGGUCCGAAAUCCCUCAAGCGCAUGGAGCCUCGCGGCCGUGCUCAUUAUGGUGUCCGAGUGCACCCCGACUCGAGGAUGCACGUCGUGCUGAAGGAGGGGAAGACCAUCGCGGAGCAGAAGGCGGAGGAGAGGGAGCGCAAGCUCAAGAGGAUAGUCUCUGCGGGUAUCGUCAGGGAGAACCGCCCUAUACGAAACCCCAACCCUAUGUGGGGUUGGUAG